AUGGAUUGUGAGCUAUUGGAUCCUGGGUAUUCUGGCUACAUCUUUACAUGGUAUAAUGGUUGGAGUCCUAGCAAAAGGAUAUGGAAGAGAUUAGACAGAAUCCUUGCCAGUCAUGAAUGGAUGAGCUUGUUUGAUUCUACUAAUUUCAACCAUUUGAUUAGAACAGGGUCUGAUCAUUCUCCUCUUUUCCUCAUUGCCAAGACUAAUCAGAGGGAUCCAAUUAAAUAUUUCAAAUUUCUUGAUUUAUGGGCUGAAGAAGUUGAUUUCAAAAGUGUGGUGGAACAAGCUUGGAAUAUAAAGGUCCAGGGAUCUCCAAUGUGGAGGUUCCACUUGAAGUUAAAGAAUACUAGCAGACAGUUAUCAGAGUGGUCCAAGAAUACUGUUGGCAACAUCUUUGACAGGAUUAAGGAACUGAAAGACACGGUGGGUAAAUUGGAAGAUAACAUCAUUCUGGAUAAUUCUGAAAACAUGGCUUUGCUAAACCAGGCUAAUGCAAUGCUAAUCAGAGUUUACAAGAAGGAAGAGUCCUUUUGGAAGCAAAAAUCAGGUGUAAAAUGGUGUGUGGAGGGUGAAGUUAACUCGAAAUAUUUUCACUCUAAUUUAUUCACGAAGAAAGGUGUUAUUAGUGAUAUGUCUAUCCUGGACUGUAUCCCAAAGAUCAUCAAUGAUGCUGAUAAUGAGAUGCUUACAACAAUACCUACAAUGGAGGAAUUAAGGGAGGUGGUGUUUGCUAUGAGCUCCCAGAGUGCAGUAAUCAGAUUCCAAAAGCAUUGA